AUGGACAGGAUAUCCGAAUUGCCGAAAGACAUCUUGCAGAGAAUACUUUAUUUCCUCUCCCAAAAGGAAUCUAUCCGAACAUCUGUCUUGUCGAAAUCAUGGCGUACUAUUUGGCGCACGCGCCCCAAUCUUGAUCUUGAUUUUUCAGACCCCACAUUAAUAGACACGACACGAGAAUUUAUAUCCGUUGUCGACAAGACUUUACAGCUGUACCGCGAUCAGACGCUGCGGUUAGAGGAGUUUCGCCUCUCUAUACCGCUGCACUGUGGGGCCCAUUGUAAAUCUGUUUCGCUUCUCGUAAAAUGGAUCCCAUUGCUCACAUCUAUGGGUGUAAAGGAGUUUUUUCUCUCUAUUCGUUCCGUGCCGUACGAUCCGGGGUGUCUUGAUUUGCCAUCCGUAGUUUUUGAAGCCGCCGAAUCACUCAAACAUUUGCGCGUGGAAAGAUUUGUAUUCGACGAAAAGGCUGAAAAGAUAGCACUCUGCAAGCAUCUAAGAUCACUUCAUCUCGUAAAUGUGUCCGUUGACGACCGUAUUUUUCAAACGAUAAUCUCGGGCUGCCCUUUGAUUGAAACCCUGUGUAUCGACGGAACAAAUAUAGGGCUAAGAACAAUUAAGAUGAGUGAUCUUCGCAAUCUCAAGGAUUUCACGUUUAUCGAAGUUGUAUUUGGUGGUGGAGAUCAACUUUGUAGCAUCGAAAUCGAUCCCUUAUCUCUCGAAACCAUCAAGAUUAGUGCCGCUAAUAUUACGUUCCGCAGAGGAGCGGAUUUUCGUAAUCUCAAAGAUUUAUAUAUGUGUGGUGUGAAAUCGUCAUUGGACAACUUGUCGUUUAGUAAAUUACCGAGUCUCAAAAGGUUGACUCUUUCGAAUUGUGAUGGACUGAAAGAAUCCCGGAUAUUUAUCGAUGCCCCGAACGUACUCUAUUUUGAAUACGAAGGGGACUUUGUCCCAUCAGUCUCUAUUGUAACAAAUUCGAGGGAGUGGAAGUCGGAGAUACACUUACAACAUAAAAACGACGGUUCUUCUUUGUGGUUCCUCAAGCUAAGUGAACUGCUCAAGUCGUUAAGCCAAUCAAAAAUUUCUCUGAGCAUAUAUAAACAUCCCUAUUGCAAAGAUGACGUAAUUCAAGAAAACGUUAAUCGGCCACCGGUACACGACAAACCUGUUUUGGUGGAGACGUUCAACUUGGUUUGUCCUUUAUCUCAUUUCCCGACUCUUGUAAAUGGUGUAUUUAGUAUUUGUCGUCCGGGAAACAUCGGUAACCGCCUCAAGGGAUGGGAGGUAGACUACGAUGCGUAUAUUUGGAGGGGACGCGAGGUAAAAUUUGUCGGGUAUAUGUGGAAGAUUCUUAUGGAGAGAGAGAGUGGAAACGAAGAUGAUGAGCCCUCACGGUUGUUCUUACGAGAUUUGGAAGAAGCAAGCUUGGAGAUUAAGAGAAAGAGAGGGAACUACCCAGACGAAGACGAAUGGCAUCGAGCACCUUUGUCCGAAUAUCUUCUAAACAUUGAAAAAAAUAACUGUCGCUUCGUACUGAAAUGGAGAGAAACUAUGUGA